CCUGGAGCUCCGUAACAUUUCUAUCCUUAUAAAUACAAGCUUCACAUCAAAAUCGUUGACAGAGAGGGAAAUGGCUUUUUUUCUUUAGUUACUGUGAUAUGAUCUGUGUGAAUUAAACUUGCGUUUUAAUAGGUAUAUUCGUGGUUUUUGUAAAUCCAUGUCCGUGCUGAGACUCCACUCCGGGUUAUGAGAGCUUUCCAAACUGUCAGUCUGCUGCUCCGCGAGGAGAGGCGGGUAAAAAUGUAAACAUUGACACAUUCAGGUAGAGAGUUUGGUUUGGUAGCUUGUUAGCCUUUAUUCUGUAACACUGCAGAGCUGCUCUAUUUUUACUUCGCUUACUUAUUUUAAUAAUAGCUAUAAACUUCACCGGCAGUUUGGUGUUCAACUCUAACCAGACCAGCUAACCCGUUAGCUAGCUAGCCUGGGUUACAGCUCAGCCGCUAACGUUAGCAAACACAACAAGAUAACGUCAACAUAUUAGCGUUAGUUAGCCCUUAAACUAACAAAUCCUACUACCUAACUUACCGUGUCCUGAUGCAAGCUGAUGGAGGACUACGAAAAGUUUGUGCAGCAAUGUCUCUCCCGUGUGAGGAAGACUGAGGAGGAGCACAACAAACCUUCGUCCUCUCUCAUCCGCAUCUAUGGACGACCCAUCCUCGCCCCCCUGCUCUCAGCGGAACAGAGAGAGGAGAUGCAGCGACACAGAGAAGCAGCACAGAAAGCUGCUGUCUACCGAAAAAUGAAGGUUGAUGCAAGAAUGGCCUACGUGCAAACCAUCCUACACAGUGUUCAGCUCAGGAAGACGCCAACACUGGAGGAGUUACUGCAAGAGUCAGAGAUUAACACAAAAUCUUCACAUUCCCAUAACACCAGCGGUGGGUCCGUGUUGCAGAGCAAUUGGGUCGUAGGAACAAGGGGUAGUCUUUCUCUCUCACCACCACCUAAAAGGAAAGAAAAGGAUGCUGUUUCUCUUCCUCCACUGACAUUAACAACAUAUGAGGCCUUUUUCUCCUCUAAUGUGACACCUCAGCAAAGUUACCUGGAAGAAUCCCUUGUUGACCAGCAUUACAGCCAACAGGGAUCACAGCCAAGUUCUCUUAAUGGUGCGAGCCACCAGUCCUCAGGUUACGUGACCUACGAAAAUGUUGAAAACACCACCAGUGUCUCUGGAAGGAUUGAUGUGGGGAGGGAGAGCCAUAGCUUUGGCUCCUUAGAGAGAGCUUUUAAUGUGGGCGGCUUUUUCCUUCACAGCACCUCAAACACAAUCGCCAAGAUGCCAGAUAUUAUUAGCCACCCUCCCAUCGAUGGAGAGGAAUUAGAAAGAAGUGGAUCGGAAUCGUCCUUUUGUAAUGACUUUAAAGUAGUAAAAGACAUGUGUUAUUCCUCAGUCCAGGAGGAUUCAGUCAUAUGUGACCAUUUGCCAGUAGAGAAAUCUGAAAGCAGUCAUGUGGACAGCACAGAUGGUGAAGAUAACCUUCCCUUUACUACAGUACUGGACGUUGAAAGAGAUCGUAUUUUUGACAGAAUUGAGGGCCCAGUCUCUUCGUCAGAAAACAGUGGCUUUUCAGACCAAUUAUCUUCAUCACAGACAUUAAGCACUCAUCACUGUCCAACAACAGAACUGCACACUCAGCUCGACCCCACAGUAACAGAACCAGCAGACAGCCAUGUAGACAAAGCAAAGCCAUCUGAGGAGCCUUAUCGUCUGAGCCUCCAGGCCUUGCUGAAGAAAUCUCAGGAGUAUCGGCGGCGCCAGCGGAUGCUUAGGAACCAAGCCAAAAACACUAAAAUCCAGGAGAGGACCCAAGAACAGCCAAAAGCAAGGGCGGAGGAGGAUAGUCUCUCUGAUAAGGAGAACGAUGAGUUCCAUUACAAGGGUACUGUGACUGCAGAGGGGAAGAAAACUAAAGAGAGGAGAGGCACUGUUAUCCCGUCAGGGGAAUCGUCACCAAAGAAAUCCUGGGAAAAUGAGAGGAUGAUUGAGAAUGAGUGUUUUGAGGGAAAGGUGAACUUUAUAUCCGAAAGCACACAUUUAACAAGGGAAGGAAAUGCAAAAGAAAUGACUAGUGUUGAGAAAAAAACAAUCUUCAAAAAUAAUAAGCUGAACAUUUCACAAGAGGUCACAAUGGAGCCUAAACAAAUCUGUGCCGUCCCCCAGCAACAGCCCAUGUCGACAGAAACUUCGCCUGUUCAGGAAGCCUUUUACUUGAACACCUGUCCCACAGCUCUUUAUAAAGGAGUAGGGAGUAAAUAUCACAUUAUCCCAGCCCCUAAUUUCUGCAGGAGUCCUGUUCACUGCAAAAGCAAAGGCAAUACGCAAGAUGCUGUUAGUGGAGCCGAGAUCUCAAAAGUCAAUGCUGGUUUGAUUGAAGACCACAAGGUUGAACAAGUUAACCUGGGACAUAAAAACAGUCCCACAGAAGUCCCUUCCACUCUGGAUCUCAUGGUUGAAGAUGAUGUAACACGUGUUUCAGCCAAGAAUUCCCAGCACAUAGACCAGCUGGAGUACAACCUGUCCAGUCUGAAAGUACUGAUCUCGGAUUUGGAGUCCAGACUGACAGAAAACCUGGAAAAUCACAGCAACACACAAAGUGAGUUCAGCUUUGAAAGUAUCAAGCAAAUUAGAAAUGAACAACAUGUGCAGCUUUGUCAAAGUGAUUGUGACUAUUGGGAGGACCAACUGAGAGAUGGUGACGAUGGCAAUGAUGCAAAGCAAGACCAAAGGUACAAGGAGUGUCCGAGAAGACAAACAUUAGACAAAUUCACAAGCGUGCAUAAAGAAACAGGAACUGAACCAAGCAUCAGUGGCACAGACGAUGCUACUCUCACAGCGCAGGUGAAAAACACUGAGGCAGUUAACUUAAGCGAGCUCAAGCUAGUCAAAACCCUAGCUACAGAGAGAGGAAAGGAAAAAGGGACAUGUAAAGAAGGAUUUCCAAAGAUUUAUGGACAGCAGGGCGGCUGUAGAAAGCAGGAGCCCCCAGCUAAGUGUAUUCUCUCCGUAACACAGCGGCUUCGGAUUCCCGACGUAUUCAGAAAUGGUCCAUCAGAAAACACGGCUCCACGGAAUGUCUCGGUGCUUUCGGAUACCAGUAACCACCCAGCGGAAAGGAGAAAUGAGACAGCUGCAGAAGGUCACAACUCUCCCCACUCGGCAUCUCUCAACCAGUCGUACGAUGUGGACGCACCGUCCGGCCUGUGGCUCCUCGGAGGGUCAGGGUCCGACUCGGGCUCAAAAGAUCGUCUCGUUCAGGAGCAACAUCUGACCCCAGAGAGUGGGAUUGAAGGUCAGGGUGGGGUCUCCAAGGUCAAACGGAGACUGCUCAUGCACGUGGCAGAGGAGACACAGGACAGCAGAGGGGCGGGCUCUGCGGUCAGACCCAACUCCAGCACUCCUCGAGCUGUGGUGCAGCGGUACGAAGGCCAUGGCAGUCAGAAAGACAAGCAGGAACAACUGAAACAAGCCCACGCCGCUCAGGUCAGAGCGCUGCAGGAAGAGCACAGGAGACAACAGGAAGAACUGCUGCAGGCGUUGGCAGUGCGUUACCGUGUCCUCCAGAGCGUGUCCUUCCCUUGCUCCAUGUCAAGCUCACGUCUUGGGGACAAGUUGACCUUUCCUACCCUCGCUCAGCCCUCCAGCCCACUCUCAGAGCGCUACCGCCCCCUGCUGUUAGCAGCCGUGAAAGGUUUUCUAACUCGCAGGCUGCUGAAGACUGAGAGAGUGGCGCAGCUGGUGCGCACCAUCAGGGACACACAGCAGUUCCUGCAGGCCCUCCAGCAGCAGAGCCCUGGCAGAGGAGAGUUCUGUAGCAGACAGGACCUGUUGUUGCAGGAGAGAGUCACUCUGCAGCUGCGUGCUGCACGUUACGAGGUCAACGACAUAUUCUUCAGCCUGUCAGCUGGAGAGAGGAUGCAGCUGAUCAGCUGGGACAGAGAGCUGGCCAGGGAGAGAGAGCUCAGACGCCAGAGUGGACAUCCCAGAGGAAAGAGUUCUCUGUCAGCUGCAACACAAAAGUCACUGGAGAGGAAGAGAGGAAUGAUGAUCAAGAAAAAGGCAGCAGGAGGACACAAGGGAGUUGUAACGAGGACUGGACACAUGGGAUUCUCCGCCGAGCAGCCUCUCGAAACCAAACGAGGACAGUUCAGAGCAAAUCCUCAGAGGGUUCCCAAGACCACUUACUCUUCUAGACCCCGUUGACACUCCUAAUUGGCCCCAGUGAGGACUCCUAAUAAGGCCUCUAGUGAUUUAAUGGAUAUUGUAUAACUAAUCAUUUGAGAGUUUCCAAAUCAAAAUUUGAUGAAGUGGUGCUUGUCAUAUCUGGAGUGCUGUGAAAUUUUGUGCACUCUACAACCAGGGUGUAAUAUAGUGAUGACAGUUUCACUCUUAGUGAGACAUAGAGUAGUUUCAUGUCGAGUAGAUGCUCAGGCAGGGAUGAAACAUCACUACGACCGCUCUGUGAGGGACAGAAAUGCUUUACCGGAUCUGCUUUUAGUGUUUUUCACCAUCUUUGGUGUUUUAAUGUUGCAGAUGUUAGGGGGAAAAUGUUCAAUUAGCAAAAACUUUGUCAUCUUUUAGCUGAACCUUUUAAAGCUCUGUGCACUGUGCCUGAAAGAUGUCUACUCCCAGCAGACAUUGUGACAAAGCGUGUGUCCAGCAUGCACAGAACGAGGACCCGGGAACCAAAACACCUACCUGGAAUGCAGCCAUGAUUAAAGUUAUUACACCUGUGCUUAUGCGGCUAUGGUAUGUCAGAUGUCUUCACUGAUAGUUCAACUGGUUUUGCCUGUCCGUGCUUUUCAUGUUAAAUCUCUCUGCCUUGUAGGAUGGACUUGAUUGAAUUAUUCAUUUCCUUUAAAUCGAUGUGCAUAGUUUGUUGCCACCAAAAACAGACCAUCCCCAGAUGUAUUAACACAUACUGAACUCUGUUAGUAUUUGUAUUUGUAGGACAGUGUGUAACUGAAAUGUCAAUAUCCUGCUCCAGAUCAUAGAGUUACCACUAAAACUCCCAAGUGUUGCCUUAAAUAUUUUUACGCCAAACACAUGUAAACCUUUGCAAUUUUAUAUUCUUAUAGGGUAUUUGGACCUGUUUAAUAUUUUAUUUAUUUGUAUGUGGUUGGUAAUAAAUGUUUCUUAACAUUG